AUGUCCGACUAAUAUUUUAUUAACGACUAUGGCACUGAAAAAGGCUGUCCUAAGAUGAACCUUGCUUCUGAAAAGGUAGCUAAGAGAAAAAGAUUCGAUAGCAUCUCUACUAAUUCAUCUUCUAGUGACGGCGCAAGUAACUAACAGUAAAAACAAUAGACUUAAUACGAUUCGCGCUUUGAACCUCGCUAAAUUCCUGAUAUUUAAUAAGUAAAGAAAUCCUUUUUAUCCUCUCAAUAUACCAAUCAAAACAACAAUAAUCCAAAUACAAAGAGCUCCGCUUCCAUGGGUUGCUCUUCAAUGUCUUCAACUGGUAAAAGAGGAAGCAGCAUCUCUUCCACAUGCAUAUCCUAUCAAAUAAUUCUAGCUGUCAGAAUAAAUAGUGAUGACCAAGACGAAGAAGCUGUCUAUCGUUGCUUCCCUGAGGUCGAAAUGACCCUUGAAGACGAUCUUACUGUUGAGUCAGUCACUCGUGAAAUCAUUGACAAACUCAACUAAAAGAUGGUCAAGGAUUUACAAAAGAAGAAUAAGACUCCAUCCACCACUCCCAAGUCUUGUCAACUCAUCCACCCUGUCAACGGCUCAGAAGAAUGUUUUGAAAUCUCCUAAGCCAGUAAAAAUGGUGAGCCCAAGGGAUGCUCUUUUGACCGUAAUUAGACCUUAAGACUUAUCAAAUGCAAGUCCAGAAUCUGCCUUAAGGUAUUAGACAUGGCUGCCAUCGACCCUACCAUCUUCAAAUUGCUUAACAAGUAGCCCAGAGCCAUUAAGGAAUUCCCUUACGAUGUCUGUCCUAUUCAAGAAUAAGAUGAUGACUAACAUAGCAUUGCCAGAGCCACUUCCCACUACAAAGACAGCCUUAUUCAAAAGGAAAUUGAUCUCCCAACAAAUUACCAUCAUUGCAGCACAUCUUCCUUCUCCCAGCCUACCCGCUCAAGCUAAACUUCUACCAUCAAUCAAACACAUCAAGCAAAUAAUCAAACUUCAGCUUGUGCUCCCAAAAAGAAAGCCUCAUUUUUUACCCGCUUGUUUAGAUGCAGUGUUAUUUGCCAAUGA